CAAAAAGUAUGAACAUAUUUGUCGCAAUGUUUUCUGUAAUGUGAUUUUUCUUAUUCCAGGCUUCAUAUUAUAUCAAACAUUGAUACGUAUAUGAACAAGAUACCCAAGAUGAAGCAUUCCAUAUGUGAAGGCCCUAUAUAAAGCAUGACCUAACUUUACAGCAAAAGCCUCACUGCACAACGUGCGCCUAAAACGAUAAAAAUGGCAAUGAAAAUAUUAUUGUUGUGGACAGUUACAUUGGCAAUACUCUAUCAGAAACUUAAUGCGGAGUCAGAAUUUACUCAGCUUAACCACACUAAUGGUACUAAUCCUAGCAGUAAUCAGAGUAACGGUUCUCAAUUUAACAGUACUCAAACUGGCAGUACUGUAAUUAAUGUUACUCAAAUUAACAAUUAUCAAGAAGAUGAUAUCGAGGACACUGGUAGAUGUGGUUUACCUAUUGAUAUGUAUAAGAACUGUCCUGCGAAUACAUGCGGUGGGAGAUGUGGAGAUAGGGCAAAUUACACCAAAAGUGGUAGUUUAUGCUCUUGUGACAAUGCUUGCACUAUUUAUGGAGACUGUUGCAGGGACUACAAGUUGAAAUGUGGCAAUUAUAGUCAAGAUGAGUUUGAUCGCGUGAGAUCGACUGAUUUUACGUGCAAGAAGCAUGCUCCCGAUCAGUAUAUCUUUAUGAAAGAAACCUGUAAGCCGAGCUACAGCGACGAAUCCGUCAUCAGAAAGUGUUACACGAAUUCUGGGUUUGAAGGUAUGGUACCAGUCUCAGAUCCUAACACUGAGAUUGUAUAUUCCAAUUACUUCUGUGCCCUGUGUAAUUAUGCUAGAGAUAUCGUGCCUUGGAAGUUGACCGUCAUGUGUAAAAAAGCUGGUGGUUUGUCUCCAGGAAAUGAAAUUAGAUGGAACGAACUCAUAUUAUUAUUACAUAACUCUCGUAUUGUUGAGAGGAGAUGCGAUCUAUACACUCAACCACAAAAAGCCCUUGAAAGUGCAUCUUCACAAAAAUGCGUUCCUAUCAAUUCCAGAUGUUCUUUGGAAUGUAGAGAUCCUAACAUCAUAGAGCUCUGUAAGGAGGGAGAAUAUGACCCGCAAUAUGGCCGAUUUGAAAUUGUUCAAAACAAGUAUUGUUUACAAUGUCAAAAUCAUGCAGCGCUAGAGAUAUGUCCAGCUGUAGAAGUGAGGACUAACCAGCAACCCAUGUAUGGAUUCUCCUACUCUUUACUGUUAAAUGUAGUAGGAGAGUCUGUACUCAAUUUCAAACUUCAAUCGGGAUUUGGUAUAAACAAGAUCAACACAGAAGCAAAGGUUGAACAUGAUGGUGAAGUGCGUUUGACCGCAUGCGGCGCACCACUUGUUCUACUUAAUGAAAAAUGCGAGCUGGAUGGAAUAUACAUUGCCAUUUCAUGCAACUAUGACAGAAAUUCAUCAAAUGUCACGUAUAUUGCGCUAACUCAAGACCAAAGAAUUAGGAUAAGUGAAAAAGUCAGAGAAAUAUAUGACGCUAUCGGGCAGGUUGUUUUACAAUACUUUUCAAGUAAAAUGAAUGGCGGCAUAAGAUUAAUAGCGAAAUGGUAUGUUCAUAUGCCUUAUGACACUGAUGUCUGGAGAUCAGUGCUUUUAGAAUAUGAGAAACCCUUGGUAGAUUCUCUGCGAAUAAUCCUCCCUGGUAUAGAGUUGAAUGAAUGCAUCUAUACCAAGGCUGGGAGUACGGUUAUUCCGAGAAAAACAAUCGAUAUAUCGAGCGAAAAUAGUACAGCUGUAUCGAAUCACACGAAGACGAUUAAAAGUGGCACCUCUACAGUUGCAAACAAGUCGCCACCAGAAUUUAUAAUUUUGAUAUUGACAAUAUGCGCUGCAUGUGCCUUAUAACAUUUUUUAUCAUAAAACAGCAUGUGAAAAUCAUUGGUUUGGUUUGGAGAUGUCACCACUAGGUAUUCUACAUCCAUGAUGGGCACUAUUGAUCAAGUCCCGGAUUACCGUAUUCUAUAUGAACACGUACCCUCCCAAGAGUAGAACCAUGACAAAAAUGAACCAAAGAUAACAACAAAGUGUGUGUUUUGGAACAUCUCAAAUAUAUUCUCUUUAUGACGGUCCUGCAAAUAUGGACUUGAAAAUUAUGACCAAUACAUAACGAUUAUCAUUAAUAUAUACUAUUUAAAUAAAUAAAGGUUUACUGGAAGAAUUUUUGUUUUGUUUUAUA